CACCCUAGGUGUGCUUGCUGCAGCUGUUCUAACAGACCAGCGAAUUCGUCUGAUAAAACACAGGCUGCAGCUCGUCGGUAUCACGGGUUUGAAUGGCAACGGUCCCCGAGAAUUACAUGGACAGCUGCGGGUGUAAAGGAAUCCGAUCCUGUUUGCUGUGCGAGCGCCCUGGGCUACCAGAUCGUGGGCUUUUACAGCAUGAGCCGCACAAGAGAAAAUCUUUUAUCUAUAAUCCAGCAGACGGUGUAGCUGUUGGAAUAAAAAAUACAGAGUCAGAUGGUUACUGGUUUCCCUUCCCUGGAGUUUGUCUAAUACCAGAUUUUGUUACAGAAGAGGAAGAAAAGGAGAUGGUGAAUCUGAUGGAUAAAGACGAAUGGAAGCUUUCACAGUCUGGGAGACGGAAGCAGGAUUAUGGUCCAAAGGUGAACUUUAAGAAACAGAAGCUAAAACUUGGCAAUUUUACGGGUCUUCCAAGUUUUAGCCAAGUACUGUGGCAAAGGAUGAAGCCGUAUUCUGCUCUGGAAGGAUUUAUGCCAGUCGAGCAGUGUAACCUAGAUUACAAUUCAGAUAGAGGGUCCGCUAUUGACCCACAUUUCGAUGACUCUUGGCUUUGGGGAGAACGUUUAGUGAGUUUAAAUCUUCUUUCAAAGACUGUGCUGACAAUGACAUGUGAUUCUUUAGACACAUUUCAACUGAUGCCUCUCUUAGAACAAAGAACUGAAUCAAACAAUGGCAUAACCUCCAACCUUAAACAAAGCCAUAAUAUGAACAUUACUCAACCUUUUUGUCAUGUAGAUAAUAAACUGCAAACUAAUCAUGUUCCAUACGGGGAAGUAGAAGUAGCUAUUUGUUUGCCACAAAGAUCCUUGGUUGUUUUAUAUGGAGAUGCACGAUACAAAUGGAAACAUGCUAUUCGCCGUGAAUACAUUGAGAACCGCAGAAUAUGUUGCACUUUUAGAGAACUUUCAGAGGAGUUCAGUGCAGGUGGAAAGGAGGAAAAGCUUGGGCACAUGUUGCUUCAAAUAGCUAUUGGGUUCCAGGGAAAAUCUGUAUAGGAAGAGUAUGCAAACUGUUUUUGUAUCCAUUAUCCCUAGCAUAACGCAGGGAUAACACUUUUAAGUACCUAAUGAUUAAAGGGACAGUCUAGUCAAAAUUAAACUUUCAUGAUUCAGGUAGCGCAUGCAACUUUCCAAGUUACUUUUAGCAUCAAAUUUGCUUUGUUCUUCCUGUAUUCUUUGUUGAAAGCUAAACCUGGGUAGGCUAAUAUGCUAAUGUCUCAGCCCUUGAAGGCCACCUCUUAUCUCAGUGCAUUUUAACAGUUUUUCACAGCUAGACAGUGCUAGUUCAUUAGUGUCAUAUUGAUAACAUUGUGCUCAGUCACGUGGCAUUAUUUAUGAGUCAGCUCUGGCUAAAAUACAAGUCUUUAAAAAAAAAAACAGAAAUAAAGAGGCAGUCUGCAGAGGCUUAGAUAUAAGGUAAUUACAGAGGUAAAAAGUAUGUUAAAGGGACAGUCAAGUUAAAAAAAAAAACUUUCAUUUUUCAAAUAGGGCAUGUCAUUUUAACCCCUUAAGGACCAAGGCCAUUUUUCAAUUUCUUUCCCUUAAGGACCAAGGCUACUUUUACAUUUUUGCGGUGUUUGUGUUUAGCUGUAAUUUUCCUCUUACUCAUUUACUGUACCCACACAUAUUAUAUACCGUUUUUCUCGCCACUAAAUGGACUUUCUAAAGAUACCAUUAUUUUCAUCAUAUCUUAUAAUUUACUAUUAAAAAUAUUAUAAAAUAUGAGGAAAAAAUGGAAAAAAACACACUUUUUCUAACUUUGACCCCCAAAAUCUGUUACACAUCUACAACUACCAAAAAACAACCAUGCUAAAUAGUUUCUAAAUUUUGUCCUGAGUUUAGAAAUACCCAAUGUUUACAUGUUCUUUGCUUUUUUUGCAAGUUAUAGGGCAAUAAAUACAAGUAGCACUUUGCUAUUUCAAAACCACUUUUUUUCAAAAUGAGUGCUAGUUACAUUGGAACCCUGAUAUCUGUCAGGAAUCCCUUGACAUGUAUAUAUUUUUUUUUUAGAAGACAUCCCAAAGUAUUGAUCUAGGCCCAUUUUGGUAUAUUUCAUGCCACCAUUUCACUGCCAAAUGCGAUCAAAUAAAAAAAAUUGUUCACUUUUUCACAAACUUUAGGUUUCUCACAGAAAUUAUUUACAAACAACUUAUGCAAUUAUGGCAUAAAUGGUUGUAAAUGCUUCUCUGGGAUCCCCUUUGUUCAGAAAUAGCAGACUUAUAUGGCUUUGGCGUUGCUUUUUGGUAAUUAGAAGGCUGCUAAAUGCCACUGCGCACCACAUGUGUUUUAUGCCCAGCAGUGAAGGGGUUAAUUAGGGAGCAUGUAGUAAGCUUGUAGAGUUAAUUUUAGCUUUAGUGUAGUAGACAACUCAAAGUAUUGAUCUAGGCCCAUUUUGGUAUAUUUAAUGCCACCAUUUCACCGCCAAAUGCGAUCAAAUUUAAAAAUAACUUAAAUUUUUUCGCAAUUUUAGGUUUUUCACUGAAAUUAUUUACAAACAGCUUGUGCAAUUAUGGCACAAAUGGUUGUAAAUGCUUCUCUGGGAUCCCCUUUGUUUAGAAAUAGCAGACAUAUAUGGUUUUGGCGAUGCUUUUUGGUACUUAGAAGGCUGCUAAAUGCCACUGCACAUCACACGUGUAUUAUGUCUAUCAGUGAAGGGGUUAAUUAGGGAGCUUGCAGGGUUAAUUUUAGCUUUAGUGUAGAGAUCAGCCUCCCACCUGACACAUCAGACCCCUUGAUCCCUCCCAAACAGCUCUCUUCCCUCCCCCACCCCAGAAUUAUCCCCGUCAUCUUAAGUACUGGCAGAAAGUCUGCCAGUACUAAAAUAAAAGGUAUCUUUUUUUUUAUUAUUAUUUUUAUAGCAUAUUUACAUAUGCUAACCCUCCCCCUCUACAUUAUUGGGCGCCACUUUUCUGUAGUGUAGGUUCCCCCCCUUAAAGACUAAACCCCCACCCCCUCCCAGAUCACUUCGAUUAUAUAUGAUUUAUAAUAAUGUUUUAUUCCCCCUCUCUCCCUCUAACUAACUGUUCCAUAGUGUAACGGUUCCCACCCGCUCCCUCCCCGUGCACGCACCCGCCCCCUAACUACCCUGCCCACCACUGCACUUAAAAAUCCAUCGAUGGCCGCCCACCCGCCUCCCACGUCGGCUCCCACCCACCAACGAUUGCGGACACCGAUGUCCGGUGCAGAGAGGGCCACAGAGUAGCUCUCUCUGCAUCGGAUGGGGAAAAAUGUUAUUGCAAUGAUGCCUCGAUAUUGAGGCAUCACUGCAAUAAACGGAAAGCGUCUGGAAGCGAUGAGGAUCUCUUCCAGCCGCUUUCAACCCCAACGUCGUACAGGGUACGUCGCUGGUCUUUAAAGACCAGUUUGUGCAAGAUGUACCCUGUACGACGUAUGUCGUUAAGGGGUUAAACAACUUUCCAAUUUACUUUUAUCAACAAUUUUGCUUUGUUCUCUUGGUAUUCUAGUUGAAAGCAAACCUAGGGAGGCACAUAUGAUCAUUUCUAAGCCCUUGAAGGCCGCCUCUAUUUUAUUUACUUUUCACAGCAGGGGAGAGCAAGCUCAUGUAGGCCAUAUAUAUAGCAUUGUGAUCACGCCCGUGGCUAGUGGCAGACACUGCACUAAUUGGCUAAAAUGCAAGUCAAUAGAUAAUAACUAAAAGUCAUGUGAUUAGGGGCGGUCAGAAGAUGCUUAGAUACAAGUUAGUCACAGAAAUAAAAAGUGUAUUAAUAUAACAGUGUUGGUUUUGCAAAACUGGGGAAUGGGUAAUAAAGGGAUUAUCUAUCUUUUUAACCAACAAAAAUUCUGGUGUUGACUGUCCCUUUAAUAUAACCAUGUUGGUUAUGCAAACUUGGGGAAUGGGUAAUAAAGGGAUUAUCUAUCUUUUUAAACGAUAUCAAUUCUGGAGUAGACUGUCCCUUGAAAGGAAAGUCAAAACUAUACUACCUUUUCAAAAUUAGCCUACCCAGGUUUACUUUUUAGCAAAGGAUUUUAAGAGAAUGCAAACAUGGUAAUAGAAGUUUUUUUAUUUUUUAUUGCAUGCUCUAUCUAAUUUGUGAAAGCUUAAAGGGACUAUUUACCCUAAAUGUUUCUCCCCUUUAAUUUGUUCCCAAUUAUCCAUUUUACCUGCUGAAGUGUAUUAAACUGUGUACUAAUGGCUCCUUUACGUUUAUAUCCGCAUUUUAAAUAGCUGAUUUUGUCUCUUGUGUCACUAUCUAUACUGAAAUUUUCUAUACUUAAGUAUAGGCUAUUGACAACCUGUGUAAACACAGCCAGCUAAAUAAGUUAUACUCCCAGUGGGGAGUAGGAGAUAUAAAGUUCUAAAAUGUUUCAAUAGUUAUUUAUAAGUAUUGUAUAGAGACAGAUAUAAUAAAGGGAACCAUUUGAGUGAUACAAUAAGGAUGUCUGAUCCCUCUGCAAGCUUAGAAAGCAAUUUCCCAUACAUGGUAUACUCAUUAAGGCGGAAACCAAUUUUACAGUACACUGCCCCUUUAUUCUUUACUGUCCCUCUUACUGCUUUAUUCUAGGUUUGUAAUACAGACUAGCAAAAAAGUCUUCCCUUCAUGUAUUAUUAAAGUGAAUGUAAAGUUUAAUAAAUAAGUGCCCGGUAUCUAAAAAUAUGGGCACUUUCAUUCAUUAAACUUUACAUUGAAGUUUCUUUUUUAAAAUACCUUUUCUUUAUGGAAAACUGAUUGGCGAUCCCCCGCCCGCAGCUCCUGCUGUAGUUAGCAGAUCGAUGAGGAAGCCGGAUUUAAAGAGACAGUUAAGUCAUAAUCAAACAUUCAUGAUUUAAGCAGAGCAUAUAAUUUUAAACAACUUUCCAAUUGACUUCUAUUAUUUAAUUUGCUUCCUUCUUUUGUUAUCCUUUGCUGAAAGGUUAAUCUAGGUAAGCUCAGGAGCAGCAAAGAACCUAGCUUCUAGCUGCUGAUUGUUGGCUGCAUAUAUAUAUAUAUAUAUAUACCAACUGUCAUUGGCUCACCCAUGUGUUCAGUUAGAAACCAGUAGUGCAUUGCUGCUCCUUCAACAAAUGAUACCAAGAGAAUGUUGCAAAUUUAAUAAAAGAAGUAAACUGGAAAGUUUUUUUUAAAAUUGUAUGUUCUUACUACAUCAUGAAAGAAAACUUUUGGGUUUCAUGUCCCUUCAAUGAAUGAAAGUGCCCGUGUUUUUAGAUAACUGGCACUUAUUCAUUAAAGUUUACAUUCACUUUAAUCUAAGAAAUGUCAGAGGAUUUGUGAUAACACAUUUGAAUGUAAUUUUAAUUAGAUCAUAUUGCACACAGAAUAGUAGGAUGGUAUCUAAAGUGAGUCACAGAUUCUCUUGAGGUUGUUUGCGAACAUAAAGCACUUUAUUAUUAUGUCAUUUUACAUCUCUUCAUUUUGAAACACAAGAUUAUCUGUUUGAAAGAAUGUUUGUUUUCAAUAAUAGAACCUAAGGAAUUGAAUAAUAAGCCUAACACUGUUGGCUAAAGGAUACAGUUUUUAUUCAUUCAUGUAUAUUGUUUUCCAAUUAAUUACAAUAAAUAACUUUUGAUUUUCAUUUUUUAAA